AUGGACUUGCAACCACCCCGCCCCAUUCUCCCGCUUUCCAUCACCCCGCCCCAUUCUCCCGCUUUCCAGCACCCCGCCCGAUUCUCCCACUUUCCAUCACCCUGCCCAAUUCUCCCGCUUUCCAUCACCCCACCCCAUUCUCCCGCUUUCCAUCACCCCGCCCCAUUCUCCCGCUUUCCAUCACCCGCCCCAUUCUCCCGCUUUCCAUCACCCCGCCCCAUUCUCCCGCUUUCUAACACCCCGCCCCAUUCUCCCCCUUUCCAUCACCCCGCCCCAUUCUCCCUCAUUCCAUCACCCUGCCCCAUUCUCCCUCUUUCCAUCACCCCGCCCCAUUCUCCCGUUUUACAUCACACCGCCCCAUUCUCCCUCUUUCCAUCACCCCGCCCCAUUCUCCCUCUUUCCAUCAUCCCGCCCCUUUCUCCCUCUUUCCAUAACCCAGCCCCAUUCUCCCGUUUUCCAUCACCUGCCCCAGUCUCCUGCUUUCCAUCACCCCGCCCCAUUCUCCCGCUUUCCAUCACCCCGCCCCAUUCUCCCGCUUUCCAACACCCCGCCCCAUUCUCCUGCUUUCCAUCACCCCGCCCCAUUCUCCCGCUUUCCAGCACCCCGCCCCAUUCUCCCGCUUUCCAUCACCCCGCCCGAUUCUCCCGCUUUCCAUCACCCCGCCCCAUUCUCCCGCUUUCCAUCACCCCGCCCCAUUCUCCCGCUUUCCAUCAGCCCGCCCCAUUUUCCCUCUUUCCAUCACCCCGCCCCAUUCUCCCGCUUUCCAUCACCCGCCCCAUUCUCCCACUUUCCAUCAUCCCGCCCCAUUCUCCCUCUUUCCAUCACCCCGCCCCAUUCUCCCUCUUUCCAUCACCCCGUCCCAUCCUCCCUCUUUCCAUCACCCUGCCCCAUUCUCCCUCUUUCCAUCACCCCGCCCCAUUCUCCCGCUUUCCAUCACCCCGCCCCAUUCUCCCUCUUUCCGUCACCCCGCCCCAUUCUUCCUCUUUCCAUCACCCCGCCCGAUUCUCCCGCUUUCCAUCACCCCGGCCCAUUCUCCCUCUUUCCAUCACCCCGCCCCAUUCUCCCUCUUCCCAUCACCCCGCCCCAUUCUCCUCUUUCCAUCACCCCGCCCCAUUCUCCCGCUUUCCAUCACCCCGCCCCAUUCUCCCUCUUUCCAUCACCCUGCCCCAUUCUCCCUCUUUCCAUCACCCCGCCCCAUUCUCCCGCUUUCCAUCACCCCGCCCCAUUCUCCCUCUUUCCGUCACCCCGCCCCAUUCUCCCUCUUUCCAUCACCCCGCCCCAUUCUCCCUCUUUCCAGCACCCCGCCCCAUUCUCCCGCUUUCCAUCACCCCGCCCCAUUCUCCCGCUUUCCAUCACCCCGCCCCGUUCUCCCUCUUUCCAUCACCCCGCCCCAUUCUCCCGCUUUCCAUCACCCGCCCCAUUCUCCUGCUUUCCAUCACCCCGCCCCAUUCUCCCGCUUUCCAUAACCCCGCCCCAUUCUCCUUCUUUCCAUCACCCCGCCCCAUUCUCCAUCUUUCCAUAACCCCGCCCCAUUCUCCCGCUUUCCAUCACCCCGCCCCAUUCUCCCGCCCUCCAUCACCAAGCCCCGUUCUCCCUCUUUCCAUCACCCCGCCCCAUUCUCCCGCUUUCCAUCACCCCGCCCCAUUCUCCCGCUUUCCAUCACCCCGCCCCACUCUCCCUCUUACCAUCACCCCGCCCCACUCUCCCUCUUACCAUCACCCCGCCCCAUUCUCCCUCUUUCCAUCACCCCGCCCCAUUCUCCCUCUUUCCAUCACCCCGCCCCAUUCUCCCGCUUUCCAUCACCCCGCCCCAUUCUCCCGCUUUCCAUCACCCCGCCCCAUUCUCUCGAUUCCAUCACCCCGCCCGAUUCUCCCGCUUUCCAUCACCCCGCCCGAUUCUCCCGCUUUCCAUCACCCCGUCCGAUUCUCCCGCUUUCCAUCACCCGCCCCAUUCUCCCGCUUUCCAUCACCCCGCCCCAUUCUCCCGCUUUCCAUCACCCCGCCCCACUCUCCCUCUUACCAUCACCCCGCCCCACUCUCCCUCUUACCAUCACCCCGCCCCAUUCUCCCUCUUUCCAUCACCCCGCCCCAUUCUCCCUCUUUCCAUCACCCCGCCCCAUUCUCCCGCUUUCCAUCACCCCGCCCCAUUCUCCCGCUUUCCAUCACCCCGCCCCAUUCUCCCGAUUCCAUCACCCCGCCCCAUUCUCCCGCUUUCCAUCACCCCGCCCGAUUCUCCCGCUUUCCAUCACCCCGUCCGAUUCUCCCGCUUUCCAUCACCCGCCCCAUUCUCCCGCUUUCCAUCACCCCGCCCCAUUCUCCCGCUUUCCAUCACCCCGCCCCAUUCUCCCUCUUUCCAUCACCCCGCCCCAUUCUCCCUCUUUCCAUCACCCCGCCCCAUUCUCCCUCUUUCCAUCACCCCGCCCCAUUCUCCCUCUUUCCAUCACCCCGCCCCAUUCUCCCGCUUUCCAUCACCCCGCCCGAUUCUCCCGCUUUCCAUCACCCCGCCCCAUUCUCCCGCUUUCCAUCACCCGCCCCAUUCUCCCGCUUUCCAUCACCCCGCCCCAUCCUCCCGCUUUCCAUCACCCCGCCCCACUCUCCCUCUUACCAUCACCCCGCCCCAUUCUCCCUCUUACCAUCACCCCGCCCCAUUCUCCCUCUUUCCAUCACCCCGCCCCAUUCUCCCUCUUUCCAUCACCCCGCCCCAUUCUCCCGCUUUCCAUCACCCCGCCCCAUUCUCCCGCUUUCCAUCACCCCGCCCCAUUCUCCCGAUUCCAUCACCCCGCCCCAUUCUCCCGCUUUCCAUCACCCCGCCCGAUUCUCCCGCUUUCCAUCACCCCGUCCGAUUCUCCCGCUUUCCAUCACCCGCCCCAUUCUCCCGCUUUCCAUCACCCCGCCCCAUUCUCCCGCUUUCCAUCACCCCGCCCCACUCUCCCUCUUACCAUCACCCGCCCCAUUCUCCAUAUUUCCAUCACCCCGCCCCAUUCUCCCUCUUUCCAUUACCCCGCCCCAUUCUCCCGCUUUCCAUCACCCCGCCCAUUCUCCCGCUUUCCAUCACCCCGCCCCAUUCUCCCGGUUUCCAUCACCCCGCCUCAUUCUCCUGCUUUCCAUCACCCCGCCCCAUUCUCCUUCUUUCCAUCACCCCGCCCCAUUCUCCCUCUUUCCAUCACCCCGCCCCAUUCUCCCUCUUUCCAUAACCCCGCCCCAUUCUCCCGCUUUCCAUCACCCCGCCCAUUAUCCCGCUUUCCAUCAUCCCCAUCCCGCCCCAUUCUCCCGCUUUCCAUCACCCCGCCCGAUUCUCCCGCUUUCCAUCACCCCGCCCCAUUCUCCCGCUUUCCAUCACCCCGCCCCAUUCUCCCGCUUUCCAUCACCCCGCCCCAUUCUCCCUCUUUCCAUCACCCCGCCCCAUUCUCCCGCUUUCCAUCACCCGCCCCAUUCUCCCGCUUUCCAUCACCCCGCCACAUUCUCCCGCUUUCCAUCACCCCGCCCCACUCUCCCUCUUACCAUCACCCCGCCCCAUUCUCCCUCUUUCCAUCACCCAACCCCAUUCUCCCUCUUUCCAUCACCCCGCCCCAUUCUCCCGCUUUCCAUCACCCCGCCCCAUUCUCCCGCUUUCCAUCACCCCGCCCCAUUCUCCCUCUUUCCAUCACCCCGCCCCAUUCUCCCUCUUUCCAUCACCCCGCCCCAUUCUCCCUCUUUCCAUAACCCCGCCCCAUUCUCCCGCUUUCCAUCACCCCGCCCCAUUCUCCCGCUUUCAAUCACCCCGCCCCAUUCUCCCGCUUUCCAUCACCCCGCCCCAUUCUCCCGCUUUCCAUCACCCGCCCCAUUCUCCCGCUUUCCAUCACCCGCCCCAUUCUCCCGCUUUCCAUCACCCCGCCCCACUCUCCCUCUUACCAUCACCCCGCCCCAUUCUCCCUCUUACCAUCACCCAACCCCAUUCUCCCUCUUUCCAUCACCCUGCCCCAUUCUCCCGCUUUCCAUCACCCCGCCCCAUUCUCCCUCUUUCCAUCACCCCGCCCCAUUCUCCCUCUUUCCAUCACCCCGCCACAUUCUCCCUCUUUCCAUAAACCCGCCCCAUUCUCCCGCUUUCCAUCACCCCGCCCCAUUCUCCCGCUUUCCAUCACCCCGCCCCAUUCUCCCGCUUUCCAUCACCCCGCCCCAUUCUCCCGCUUUCAAUCACCCCGCCCCAUUCUCCUGCUUUCCAUCACCCCGCCCCAUUCUCCCGCUUUCCAUCACCCCGCCCCAUUCUCCCUCUUUCCAUCACCCCGCCUCAUUCUCCCUUCCAUCACCUCGCCCCAAUCUCCCGCUUUCCAUCACCCAGCCCCAUUCUCCCGCUUUCCAUCACCCCACCCCAUUCUCCCUCUUUCCAUCACCCCGCCCCAUUCUCCCUCUUUCCAUCAACCCGCCCCAUUCUCCCGCUUUCCAUCACCCCGCCCCAUUCUCCCGCUUUCCAUCACCCCGCCCCAUUCUCCCUCUUUCCAUCACCCCGCCCCAUUCUCCCGCUUUCCAUCACCCCGCCCCAUUCUCCCGCUUUCCAUCACCCCGCCCCAUUCUCCCUCUUUCCAUCACCCCGCCCCAUUCUCCCUCUUUCCAUAACCCCGCCCCAUUCUCCCGCUUUCCAUCACCCCGCCCAUUAUCCCGCUUUCCAUCAUCCCGACCCAUUCUCCCGCUUUCCAUCACCCUGCCCCAUUCUCCCGCUAUCCAGCACCUCGACCCAUUCUCCCGCUUUCCAUCACCCCGCCCCAUUCUCCCUCUUUCCAUCACCCCGCCCCAUUCUCCCUCUUUCCAUCACCCCGCCCCAUUCUCCCUCUUUCCAUCACCCCCCCCCAUUCUCCCACUUUCCAUCACCCCGCCCCAUUCUCUCUCUUUCCAUCACCCCGCCCCAUUCUCCCGCUUUCCAGCACCCCGCCCCAUUCUCCUGCUUUCCAGCACCCCGCCUGAUUCUCUCGCUUUCCAUCACCCCGCCCCAUUCUCCUGCUUUCCAUCACCUAGCCCUAUUCUCCCGCUUUCCAUACCCCGCCCCAUUCUCCCUCUUUCCAUCACCCCGCCCCAUUCUCCCGCUUUCUAUCACCCGCCCCAUUCUCCCGCUUUCAUCACCUCGCCCCAUUCUCCCGCUUUCCAUCACCCCGCCCCAUUCUCCCUCUUUCCAUCACCCCGCCCCAUUCUCCCUCUUUCCAUCACCCCGCCCCAUUCUCCCUCUUUCCAUCACCCCGCCCCAUUCUCCCUCUUUCCAUCACCCCGCCCCAUUCUCCCUCUUUCCAUCACCCCGCCCCAUUCUCCCUCUUUCCAUCACCCCGCCCCAUUCUCCCUCUUUCCAUCACCCCGCCCCAUUCUCCCGCUUUCCAUCACCCCGCCCGAUUCUCCCGCUUUCCAUCACCCCGCCCCAUUCUCCCGCUUUCCAUCACCCGCCCCAUUCUCCCGCUUUCCAUCACCCCGCCCCAUCCUCCCGCUUUCCAUCACCCCGCCCCACUCUCCCUCUUACCAUCACCCCGCCCCAUUCUCCCUCUUUCCAUCACCCAACCCCAUUCUCCCUCUUUCCAUCACCCCGCCCCAUUCUCCCGCUUUCCAUCACCCCGCCCCAUUCUCCCUCUUUCCAUCACCCCGCCCCAUUCUCCCUCUUUCCAUCACCCCGCCCCAUUCUCCCUCUUUCCAUAAACCCGCCCCAUUCUCCCGCUUUCCAUCACCCCGCCCCAUUCUCCCGCUUUCCAUCACCCCGCCCCAUUCUCCCGCUUUCCAUCACCCCGCCCCAUUCUCCCGCUUUCAAUCACCCCGCCCCAUUCUCCUGCUUUCCAUCACCCCGCCCCAUUCUCCCGCUUUCCAUCACCCCGCCCCAUUCUCCCUCUUUCCAUCACCCCGCCUCAUUCUCCCUUCCAUCACCCCGCCCCAUUCUCCCGCUUUCCAUCACCCAGCCCCAUUCUCCCACUUUCCAUCACCCCACCCCAUUUUCCCUCUUUCCAUCACCCCGCCCCAUUCUCCCUCUUUCCAUCAACUCGCCCCAUUCUCCCGCUUUCCAUCACCCCGCCCCAUUCUCCCGCUUUCCAUCACCCCGCCCCAUUCUCCCUCUUUCCAUCACCCCGCCCCAUUCUCCCGCUUUCCAUCACCCCGCCCCAUUCUCCCGCUUUCCAUCACCAUGCCCCAUUCUCCCUCUUUCCAUCACCCCGCCCCAUUCUCCCUCUUUCCAUCACCCCGCCCCAUUCUCCCUCUUUCCAUCACCCCCCCCCAUUCUCCCACUUUCCAUCACCCCGCCCCAUUCUCUCUCUUUCCAUCACCCCGCCCCAUUCUCCCGCUUUCCAGCACCCCGCCCCAUUCUCCUGCUUUCCAGCACCCCGCCUGA